GCGAGGUCGAGCGGAAGCGCGUCAUUGAACAUCCGGUGGAGGAGAGCCAGUCGCUCGUCUUUUCCGCCCAGGCUGUGUUUUGUUUCCGUCGGCCGCGCUGCGUGUUGGCGGCACGGUUCAUUUUAUCCGGGAAGAGUCGGGGAGAAGCGGAGGAAAAAUAAGGAGGCUUGCCUUUGUGACAUUUCAGCCAUGACUAAGAGGGAGGCUGAGGAGUUGAUAGAGAUAGAAAUAGAUGGCUCAGACAAGACGGAGUGCGUAGAGGAAAGCAUUAUAGAGCAGACUUAUACCACAGCAGAAUUUGUAAGCCAGUCUAUUGAUAUAAAUGAACCCGUUGGAAAUCUUAAGAAACUUCUAGAGCCCAGACUUCAAUGUUCACUUGAAGCCCAUGAAAUCUUCCUGCAAGACAUCCAGCUUGAUCCGGAGAGAAGUUUAUUUGAUCAAGGAGUUAAAACAGAUGGGUCUGUACAGCUUAGUGUGCAGGUUAUAUCCCAGCAAGGACUUGAGCCAAGGCUGAACAUACUUGAGAUUGUAAAGCCAGUGGAAACUUUGGAGGUGGUGAUUGAUCCUGAUGCCCAUCAUGAUGGAGUUGAAGCUCAAAUUGUAGAGGAUGGUCAGGUGAUCACUCUGGAUGAUACAAAGCAUGUCACUGUCUCUGAUGAGACCUCUGAACAGGUGACACGCUGGGCAGCAGCAUUGGAGGGCUACAGAAAGGAACAAGAACGCUUGGGCAUACCCUAUGAUCCCAUUCAGUGGUCUACAGACCAGGUCCUGCAUUGGGUCCUUUGGGUAUUGAAGGAAUUUGGUAUAUCGGAUAUCAAUGUGAACGCCCUUAGUAUUCCAGGGAGGGAUUUGUGUCAAAUUAGCCAGGAAGAUUUUUUCCAGAGAGUGCCCAGAGGAGAGAUUUUGUGGAGUCAUCUAGAGCUGCUCAGAAAAUAUGUGUUGGCUAGCCAGGAACAUGGAGAAAUUGCUACCGUUACUAUUGAUCAACCUGUACAGAUAAUCCCAGGAUCCCUUGCAAAUUCAACUCCCACAACAACUAUUAAAGUCAUAAACACUCAAACCAAAGUGGCUAAAGUGCAGCGGGCACCUCGCAUUUCUGGAGAAGACAGAAGUUCUCCUGGUAACAGAACAGGUAACAACGGUCAGAUCCAGCUAUGGCAGUUCCUGCUGGAGCUUCUCACUGACAAAGAUUCCAGAGACUGUAUCUCGUGGGUAGGAGAUGAAGGAGAGUUCAAAUUGAACCAGCCAGAGCUUGUUGCUCAAAAAUGGGGCCAGCGCAAAAAUAAGCCCACCAUGAACUACGAGAAGUUGAGCCGUGCACUUCGAUAUUACUACGACGGUGACAUGAUCUGUAAAGUUCAAGGGAAGAGAUUUGUCUACAAAUUUGUGUGCGAUCUAAAGACUCUGAUUGGUUACAGUGCAGCCGAGCUGAGCCGCUUAGUGUCGGAGUGCGAGCAAAAGAAGAUGGCCAAGCUGCAGUUACAUGGCAUUGCACAGCCAGUCACAGCCCUAGCCUUGGCAUCGCUGCAGUCGGAGAAAGACAACUGAGCACUUGGCGGGUCAGACUUGUAGUGUGAGACCCCUGCCUCUCCAGAGCCCGAAGACCCUUUAUUUUCAGACUGUACAGUGUUCGGCAUGAUUUUCUACAGAGGACUUUAACAAAUUUGGAACUUGUUACUUUUCGUAUUACAAGUUUCUUUGCAAGAGCCCUUAAUUUAAGGGAGCAUGAUAUAUUUUAUAUAUUUUGAAUAUGAACUUAUCAGUGAUUUACACUUUUUAGUCAGGUUGUCGCUCCCCUUCCCACGAUGAACAUUUGUCAUCUCAGCUAGAAUGACUCUUCCCCCCCCCCCCCAGCCAAUUAAUUUUUUUUUUUUUUUUUUUUUUGCUUAAUGAUCUGCUGGUCCUUGUCAUUUAUGAUUAUUUUUAUUUUUAAGAUCUCAAUUGCUUUAUUUUCCCCUCUGCUUUAACACUAUAAAGUAUUGUUUUCAUAGUC